GGCGCAAAGCGGAGCUCAGAGCUACGGGGUUCAGAGCAGAGAGGCAGCGGCGGCGAGAGGGAGGGGAGGAGGCAGGGGGGCGCAUGGGGCGCCCCGGCCCCGCCGGCAGCGCGCCCCCACCGGCCCGGCCGCGCUGAACGCUCCCCGGCGCAGCGCCUCGAACACGCGUCCCGGGGCCAUGCCGGUCAUGAAGGGGUUGCUGGCCCCGCAAAACACCUUCCUGGACACCAUCGCCACCCGGUUUGACGGCACGCACAGCAACUUCCUUCUGGCUAACGCUCAGGGCCCACGAGGCUUUCCCAUCGUCUACUGCUCUGACGGCUUCUGUGAACUCACAGGCUACGGCCGCACUGAGGUCAUGCAGAAAACCUGCAGCUGCCGCUUCCUCUAUGGCCCAGAGACUAAUGAGCCAGCCCUGCAGCGGCUGCACAAAGCCCUGGAGGGCCACCAGGAGCACCGAGUUGAGAUCUGCUUCUACCGCAAGGAUGGUUCAGCUUUUUGGUGCCUUCUAGACAUGAUGCCCAUCAAGAAUGAGAUGGGGGAGGUUGUGCUGUUCCUCUUUUCCUUCAAGGACAUCACUCAGAGUGGAGGCCCAGGACUUGGCCCCCCAGGAGUCCAUGGGGACAGUAAUCAUGAAAACUCCCUUGGCAGGAGGGGAGCCAGCUCAAAACUUCGAUCUACCAGGAGGCAGAGCCGUACUGCUCUACGCCGACUGACUGGCCACUUUGCUCGCCGGGGCCAGGGAAGCAUGAAGACCAAUAAUAACGUGUUUGAGCCAAAGCCAUCGGUGCCUGAGUACAAGGUGGCCUCUGUGGGGGGGUCCCGCUGCCUCCUCCUCCACUACAGCGUCCCCAAAGCUGUCUGGGAUGGCCUCAUCCUCCUCGCCACCUUCUACGUUGCAGUCACCGUCCCCUACAAUGUCUGCUUCUUGGGUGAUGAUGACACCCCCAUCACUUCUCGACACACCCUUGUCAGUGACAUUGCCGUGGAGAUGCUCUUCAUCCUGGAUAUCAUCCUGAAUUUCCGCACCACUUAUGUGUCCCAGUCUGGUCAAGUGAUCUCUGCUCCUCGUUCCAUUGGCCUUCACUAUCUGGCCACCUGGUUCUUUGUGGAUCUUAUUGCUGCUCUACCCUUUGACCUACUUUAUGUCUUCAACAUCACCGUGACCUCCCUGGUGCACCUGCUGAAGACUGUGCGGCUGCUGCGGUUGCUGCGGCUGCUGCAGAAGUUGGAGCGGUACUCGCAGUGCAGUGCUGUGGUGCUCACGCUGCUUAUGUCCGUCUUUGCGCUCCUUGCCCACUGGAUGGCCUGCGUCUGGUAUGUCAUCGGGCGCCGGGAGAUGGAGGCCAAUGACCCGCUGCUCUGGGACAUUGGCUGGCUGCAUGAGUUGGGCAAGAGACUGGAGGUGCCCUACGUCAAUGGCUCAGCGGGCGGCCCAUCGCGACGCAGCGCCUACAUUGCUGCACUCUACUUCACGCUCAGCAGCCUCACCAGCGUGGGCUUUGGCAACGUGUGUGCCAACACGGACGCCGAGAAGAUCUUCUCCAUCUGUACCAUGCUCAUAGGCGCGCUGAUGCACGCCGUGGUGUUCGGGAACGUGACAGCCAUCAUCCAGCGCAUGUACUCGCGCCGCUCGCUCUACCACAGCCGCAUGAAAGACCUUAAGGACUUCAUCCGCGUGCACCGCCUGCCCCGGCCACUCAAGCAGCGCAUGCUCGAGUACUUCCAGACCACAUGGGCCGUCAACAGUGGCAUCGAUGCCAACGAGUUACUGCGUGACUUCCCAGAUGAGCUGAGAGCUGACAUUGCUAUGCACCUGAAUCGGGAGAUCCUGCAGCUGCCGCUGUUCGGAGCAGCAAGCAGGGGCUGCCUGCGUGCCCUCUCCUUGCACAUCAAGACCUCAUUUUGUGCCCCGGGAGAGUUCCUGUUGCGCCGGGGGGAUGCCCUGCAAGCACACUACUAUGUCUGCUCUGGCUCGCUUGAGGUGCUCCGAGACAACAUGGUGCUGGCCAUCUUGGGGAAGGGGGACCUGAUUGGGGCAGACAUCCCUGAGCUGGGGCAGGAGCCUGGGGUGGGCACAGGCCCCAGCUGUGUUCUGAAGACCAGCGCUGAUGUGAAAGCACUGACCUACUGUGGCCUGCAACAGCUGAGCAGCCGAGGGCUGGCGGAGGUCCUGCGGCUGUAUCCUGAGUAUGGGGCUGCCUUCCGGUCUGGCCUGCCCCGGGACCUCACCUUCAACCUGCGCCAGGGCUCUGACACCAAUGGUCUCAGCCGCUUUUCUUCUCGAUCCCCUCGGCUCUCCCAGCCUCGCUCAGAUAGUUUUGGUUCCUCCUCAGACAAGACUCUGCCAUCCAUCACAGAGGUCGAAGGUGGCAUGGAGCCUGGGGGUGGUUCCAGGCCCCGCCGGCCCCUCUUGCUGCCCAACCUCAGCCCAGCAAGGCCUCGGAGCUCCCUGGUCAGCCUUUUGGGCGAGGAGCUGCCUCCAUUCUCAGCCCUUGUCUCCUCUCCUUCCCUGUCCCCAUCCCCUUCCCCUGCCCUGGCUGGCCGGGGCCAGAGUCCCUCCCUUCAUGGCCCCCCCAGGAGCUCUGCUGCCUGGAAGCCCCCCCAGCUACUCAUUCCCCCACUGGGAACCUUUGGAUCUCCGGACCUCAGUCCCCGGAUAGUGGAUGGCAUUGAGGACUCUGGCAGCACAGCUGAGGCCCCCACAUUCCGGUUCAGCAAGAGGCCUGAGCCUCCAAGGCCCCGUUCACAGCUUCCCCCUACAGGAACCAGGCCCAGCCGGGAACUGGCCACCGAGGCAGAGGAAGUGAAGGAAAAGGUCUGCAGGCUGAACCAGGAGAUCUCCCGUCUCAAUCAGGAAGUGUCUCAGCUGAGCCAGGAGCUGCGGCAAGUGAUGGGCCUACUACAGACCAGACUGGGUCCCCCAAGCCAUCCGAUAGUCUCAGCUUGGCCCCCCAACCCUCCUUGCUCCCAGCGGAGGCCACCAUGCAUCUCUCCUUGUGUGUCCAGACCACCACCUGGCCUCCAGGAUACUACACUUGCUGAAGUCCACUGCUCAGCCAGUAUGGGGACAAUGGAAAUGGGAGCUGUUCCCCUGGACCUGAGACCAUCCAUGCCGACUCCCUAUCCCUCAGAACCUGACCCUCUGGAACCCCCCCCAGUGCCAGAGGCUUCAUCCCCAACCCCAAGCCUCAUAAGGCACAGCUUCCAGUCCAAGUCAGACACGUUCCACUGACCCUGGCCCUGGGCCCAGGCCUGUCUGGGGUGGGCAUUGCUGCUUAUCAUCCAGGGAGGAGCUGGGCCCUUUGGCCUUCUGCCUCAGGGUCAGCAGCCACCAGCUGGUCUGGAUGGCUCUGGAUUCUCUGGACUUUUUAACAAAGAUGGCGGCCUCUGACCCUGUACCAUUUUCCAAACCUUCCCCCAUCCUCUUCCUCUGUGAGGAGAGCCACCUGAGGCCGUGGAAUCCAGCAGGCAUGAGAUGGACCGCGGUGCCCACUAAGCUGGGCAAAUGAGAUAUUCUGCUUUCUCCCCAGGAC